ACGUCCAUAUUUUCUUCGUCUCUGCCGAUUUCAGGGCCGAAUCUCCGUACCAACACGGUGAUUCGGCGAUACCCUGCGUGGACGGAAUGAGCACAUCGUCAAUGGCGUCCAUGGCAGUAACUUGCCCAGCAGGAACGGAUCCGGCAUCUUCAGAAUCAGACGACGACGAGGAUGAUGAUUUCUGCGACUAGGGUUUCACGCCUCGACAGAUUUUUCCAAGACCACAAAUACCCACGGCCCUUCACCGAUCAAACACCCAACUUCAUCAUUCAUCUCCAUCCCAUCAAGACGACUGCCCCGUAUGGCAGUCCCAAACCCGUACUGUUUUGUCCUUGAUGCCCGAGCAAAGUUUGUCGGAGCCCGAAGGAAGCGCAAUUCCCAGAACAUUCUCGAUGGUGUCCUUGUAGUUUUGCAAGUGUUGAGAUUCCAUUGCCAUAGAACCAUGAGUGCAAGCAUUUGGUGGAUGGUUCCGGAUCGUCGAGAAGCCGUUCAUGUUCCCCAAUUUAGCGGUGUCUCGAUCGAAGCCCUAGGUCACCAUGCCGCCGGGGAAUUCCAGUGAAAAAUUAAUUUAUUUACUGGAAAUGUGGGGAUUGAAUUUUUGUUCCAUUAGGGUUACGAUCUUACUAAAUUGUUACUUACUGAGUUGCCAAAGUGGAUCAAUGUUUAACUUUUCCUAUGGGCACAUAACUUUUCAAUGUUUAUCCAAAAUUGCCAAAACUCUACCAAACAUUGCUAAUGAGUAUGCCAUAUCUAAGGGCAGUUAUCCUCUUUGUUGUAAAAGAGGAAAUCACCUUGGUCAAUCCACCAUCGCCCUUGUCAAGAAUCAUCACCAACUGGUUCGAAGGUAUGGCUACAGCAGUGGCAAGAGUUUCAGAGAGGAGGUGGCAGACUUCGGUUUUGCAGAGACGAGGACCGGUGAUCAUUGUUUGUGCCUCUUGGCUUGAUGGGGAGGUGCACUCGCCAUCCAUGUAAGUUUGCGCACGCCUUGCCCUCAGAAUUGGCAUUAGCAUCGCCAUCGAAGCAAAAGCAGUUGCAAGGCAGCUAAUCUUCAAGUUGGCGCAGGAGUGUGGAGGAAGACAAAGAGCAGUGGUGUCAAGACUAGCUCAUGUGCCAGGUCCGAACAACGUUGUGUUAAAAGGGUGCGUACAUGGUGAUUUGGAUCGCAAGUUCUUGCUUUCAUGAUUCUAUGAUAAUGGGUUCCCAAUGCUUGCAAAGCUACAAGAGCACGAGGAGGUUGUUUCGGGGAUUGGGCUUCCUUCCUGCUCCGACAAACUUUACUCCGGCGACAAGAACAAAAGGGUGCGGGUUUGGGACAGCCAUGCAGAGCAGUGUGUUGAUGGGUUGGAUAUGUUGGUGAAGUCGGGUGUUUGAUCCGCGAAUGCCCUUGGCUAUUUGUGGGCUAGGACAAUGCAGUCAUGGCGUGGAACAAACCUGUUCCUGUAAGUUCAUGUCAUGGAAGCCAUUGAAGACAUGCUCUAUUUGCAGGCAUAUUUCCUUAAAUUGUGUCACAUGUAUGUUUGGUUGGGUUUCUCAUAUACAAAAAAAAAAUAAUUUGAUGGUUAAUAUUUUGAUAUUUAAGUAAAUAAAUCAAAUUGAGUGAAAA